CAUUUUCUAUAAAGUGUUAUAAUGAUGAAUUGUAGAAAUGGAAAUAAUCAUAAAUCAAUCGAUUCAUUUAGAAAUAUUAGCCAAAAAAGAUUACUACAUCAUAGUGAUUCAACAAUAUCAUAUCAGAUAGAUAAUCAUUGUCCACCGAUAUCCAUUGGAUCCAGAGAAAAUACAGCAUCGAUGCAAGAAAAUGUCAAAGAAUUAUUGUCACGUCUAAGCCAAUCUGAAGAUAUUGAAACAUCGACAUCACGUUCAAUAGUGCAUGGAUUAAUUUUGGUUACAAUAAUGAUCACCUCAUUGGUAGCAUUCGUUUGUUCAAAAGUUCGUCGAUGUUCCAACUUUGUCAAUUUAUAUGAUUAUGAAUAUUGUUCAAAAUAUUUUCUAUUCUAUUCUUCAAUGACAAUUAUAUCUUGUUUGGCUACAUUCAUAAUCUAUUUUCUUCAUCUGAUUUCGCAAUGCGACUUUUUAUGUUUAAGUAAAAAGAAAUAUGAAUUUGAAAUAAUGUUCAUUUCAAUUAUAUCUUGUUUACUGGUUUUAAGCUCAAUUUGUUAUAUGACACAUACAAAUAUCUUUGCAGAAUCAUUCACUCUAGUCAGUUUUAUAUUUUCAUCAUUGUCCAAUGUUCUCUAUUGGUUACGGAUUAUUAUUUUGAUUUGUGAAAUGAUACAAAUGAAAAAACGAUCACAAAGAAGAUGUGCUGUGCUUAAACGUCGAUUGAAUUUAGAUCUUCAACAUUCAAUCCAUUCGAUUGGUUUGAAUCGUGUUGACAAUGCUAAAGUUGUCAGCUAUGUUCGUAACAAUCAAAGAAGUAAAACUUUAUCAACCAGUAUAUCUGAUGAUUUUGAAGACGAUGUUUUUAUUCAAUAAAAUAAACACAAAAUUUCUGUUUGUUAAACACAUACAC